AUGAAUCGUAAUUGGUUAGCUACAAAGGUUUGGCUUGGUACACCAGAUGUGAAUAUAUCAGAUGAAGAAGUCCCCGACCAAUAUUCAACGUUUUUAGGUGAUACUCCUGUUUUUUUUGAAAACGUUUCUAUAAAUCCAGAUGACAUUCGCUGCGGAAAUUGUAACUCUUAUUGCCGGUUUUUGUUUCAAUGCUAUGCUCCGAUAGAAGGUGACGAAAGCAAAGAACGUGCGUUAUACAUUUGGGCUUGUCAUGACCAGGCCUGCAGAAGGUCUCCUAAAUCUGUCAUUUGCCUUCGCGGUGUCCAAGUAGUUCAAUCUUCAAAACAAGAAAAUGAACCACCUAAAAAGGCACAUGCCGAAGAAGUUCUAAAACCAGAAAAGGUUAAUCCAUUCACCUCUUCCUCCAAUAUAGCAAGAGCUUCCAAUCCUUUCUCUAGUUCUUUUUCGCCGCCAAAUCCUUUCGCCUCGUCUUCUCAGCCGCCGGUUCCUCAUACUGAUGCAGUCAAAGAUGAAAAGGACCCAGGAAAUAUGCAGAAUUCAUUUGCUGCUAUGGCACUUACAGGUGCUAGCAAGAAACCGGAAACGAAACCCUCCUCUUCCAAUAAAGUAUAUGUCGACGCUCAGAAUAUGCCAAUUCAUCCUCAGGUCACCACCGUAUAUGAGUAUCCCAAGGUUCCAAAAUUUCCAGGCAUGUUUUUAACUCUUGAUUUAGAGCAUAUACCAAAGUCUUUGAAGGCGAAAGAAAUGAAAGAAGGUUCAAGUUCUUUCAAAAUGCAGGAAACGAUGGACUCGUACGGGAAUUGGGAAAAUGAGUCUUAUGAAAAAUCACCUGCUGUAUAUGAAAAGGCUUUUCGGAAGUUUAUUGAACUUAUAUCGCAUAACCCUACUCAGUGCGUGCGUUACGAACGGGGCGGGAAACCUCUCUUGGCUUCUAAUAGAGAUGUCGUGGGAAAAAUGUUUAAGACAACUGACUCUUACACUAAUUUUUUCCCGGUUUGUCCUUUAUGUAAGUCGCCAAGAAUUUUUGAAAUGCAACUUAUGCCUUACUCCAUAUCUGUACUCAAUGAUGAGGUGGCAGAAUGGUCUACAAUAUUGGUUGCUACUUGUUCUAUGGACUGCAAGCCACCAUUAAAUAAGAAUCAAGUUGGCUAUGCAAAGGAAUGGGUUGGUGUUCAAUGGGAGUAA